GAAUACUUUGACUAUUGCUUCAGGAGAAUUCGGUGUCGGGACAAUUCAGAUUCGAGUCUGGCGACUCCGAUUGCCGGUUGCCUUUGAAGAACCCUCUAGGGUUUACUCUCAGGGUCCUUUUCUUUACACAAUUUUCAUUUGGUAGCUUCUUUACUUCUCCCAAUUUCACUUUUCUUUGCUUCUAUUAUCGAUUCUCAACAAUUUUUAGCUAAACCCCCAUUUUCUUGCCUGCAUUUGAACUUCAUCUGUUCUUCGUUUAUGAUUCCAGUUUUCUGGGAAAUUGACACAAAAUUCCUUCCAAGUAUUCCUCGAUUCAAUCAAGCCCCGGAGUUCGUCGUCUUCCUUGUUCUUGAUUUCUUGCCUGGCUGUAUUUCAAAAUGGGUAAGAAUCAAGCGUACAAAGCGAUGCAGAAAGCCAGGCUGGGAUCCACAAGCGCGGCUGGGCCGGCAGAGGUUGAAGAUGGAAUGGUGGAUGGUUCAUUUCAUUCACCAGAGUGGCAUGCUGCUCGUUUGGCCAGCCUUAAUACUUCUCACACGAUUACGUGGGAGGAAUAUAAAAAGAAGCAAAAGGAAGACGAGUUGAAAAAGGGAGAGAUGGAAGCAGAUACGGAUAGAAUGAUGAAAGAAUAUAGAGCGCAGUUGGAUGCUGAGCGGGCACGCAAACUUGCUCAUGGGAGAAAUCGCUCCGGUAGCAAGUCUGGUCAUGAAAAAGAUAGGAAGAACCGAGACUUAAAGAAACGGAGCAAAAAAAAGAGAAAGCAUUCGAAGAGGAAAUUGUCUGAGUCGAGCUCUUCUAGUUCAUCCUCGGAUUCAUCCAGCAGUGACGAAGAGGAAAGGGAAUCUAGAAGAUCAAAGUCGAGAUCGAAAAGAUCGAAGAGGGAAAAGAAGCAUAGGUCGAGAAGCAAGCAGUCUUCGAGUGAUGAUGAAGAGGCGGAUGGUCCUGUGCCACUUUCAAGAUUCUUUGAGAAAGUGAAGAAUUAAGGGGUAUUUUGUUCUGUAACGUUUAUAAAAUUUCCAGUCUUGAAAUUAGCAUAUUUGAUCCUCCUCCUCUUCUUCCUUUUUUCUCCUGAAUUUGCAUUUACGCAUUGUUGUUUCUAUUAUUGGCUUUCUGAAGUUGGAGUGAUCCAUGUCGUAGAAGAUUUGGACC